AUGACCGAGUUUGGAGAAGUUAUCUUGUUGCCGGCCAAGUCCGCAACCGAGAUUCGCCAUGAUCCCAGAAUGAAUGCAUCUGCCGUCAUCGACUUGGUGACAGAGGCUUUGUCGAGCGAAUGUGAGCUUGCUUUGAAGGACAUUCUGACCGACUCUCCGGGUGCGCUUCUCCAUGUUAGCUCGGCUGGCCACACGUUUUUGAUGUUUAGCUGA